AUGUCAAAUACUUUUCUCAUCACAGGAGCGACAGGUAAGCAGGGAGGAGCGGCGAUUGAUGCUCUUCUAUCUGCUCCCGGCUCGCCCGAUAUUAUUAUAUUUGCUUUAACUCGCAAUUUAGAAUCGACGGCGGCAGAGAAGUUGUCUAAGAAAUCCGACAAGAUCAAGCUCCUUCAAGGUGAUUUAGAUGACUGCCCAGCGAUCUUCGAAGCGGCCCCUCAGCCAAUCAAGCGUGUUUUUUGCGUUACCAUGCCCAACAUCGGUCUUGGUAACACGGGCGCGACCGAAGAAGGGAAAGGUAAAGCUCUUAUCGACGCAUCAAUAAAGCAUGGCGUAGAACACUUCAUAUUCACAUCAGUGGAUCGUCACGGCGAUGAUUCCGAUAAUGAUCCUACCAAUGUUCCUCAUUUCAUCAGUAAAGCCAAUAUUGAGAAAUAUUUGAAGGAGAAAAGUGCAGGGACCCAGAUGUCAUGGACCAUCCUGCGACCUGUGGCAUUUAUGGAGAACUUCGCCCCUGGAUUUGCUGGCAAGGUUUUCGCAACCGCUUGGUGUACUGCUCUAGCUCCGACAACCAAACUGCAGCUUGUCGCCACUGCCGAUAUUGGAUAUUUUGCGGCUCAGGCAUUGCUUAAGCCAAAGGAAUAUAAUGGGCGUGCCAUCAGUCUAGCAGGCGAUGAAUUGACAUUCGGGGAAGCGAAUGAGAUAUUUCAGUCGAGACUUGGGAAAGAUAUUCCAAAAACAUUUAGUUUCCUUGGGUCAACUCUUCUUUGGGCGGUAAAGGAUUUUGGAUCGAUGUUCACUUGGUUCGAAGAGAGAGGUUAUGCGGCCAACAUCGAUGCUCUGAAGAAGGAGCAUGCGGGACUUCAAAGUUUUGGCGAUUGGUUGAAGACGAGUGGGUUGUAG